AUGUCAAGCUCUAUCUUACCAUUCACAGAAGCCAAUUCUAAGAGAGUUGCCUCUUUAUUUAGAAGAGCAUUAAGAACUGCUUUUGACAGUUCUUUAAAGUUCGAUGCUUACAGAAACGAAACCAUAAAAAUCAGAGCCCAAUUCGAGGCCAACAAGAACAUUAACAAUCCCUCUGACUUGGAAGAAGCUAUUGCUAGGACAGAACGUAAGUUAGAAGAAUGGAAGCACCCAGAUCCUUACAUCACCCCUUGCAGACCAGGUGGUACCAAAUACCAAAGAAACCUUCCAUCUCCAGAUGAGCCAGUUGUUCCAGGUAACUGGUAA